AAAUUCGAGUUUCACAGGUAACAAUUCAGUGUUCAGAGAAGUGCUCAAAUAUAUCUCACCAUGAAGUUCUUAGCUCUUGUUUUUGCGUGCUUGGUAGCAUCUGCUUACUCAAGACAAAUAGUGAUCAAAUAUAUCAAUCCCAACGUUAACGGAUUACAACAGCCCUUAGUGGAUCCCCAACCAGUACAACCAGUAGCUGAAGAUGAAGCAGAAGAACAAGACAUUCUAAGCAAACUUUUUUCCAAAACCGGGGAUGUUGCUGGCGAUACAGCAGACACCGCUGGAAGAAUAGCUUCAGGAAUAGUAGAUGUACCAGCUUCCUUAGCUUCAAACGUUUUGUCUGAAGCAGGCAAAGGUGCUGCUGAAGCUCUACACGAAACCGGAAACGCUGCUGCUCGAGCAGCUGCUGAUGUUGAAAAUGGUUUCAGAAACAUCUUCGGAGAUAUUAUCCCAGGCUCGAAUACCCAACAAACAAAGGGAUCCCCAGCAGAAGACCAGGGAGACUUUUUCACUAACAUAUUCUCCAAGGCUGGAGAUUUAGCCGCCGAUACCGCUGACACCGCAGGAAGAAUUGCAUCCGGAAUUGUCGAUGUUCCAGCUGCUUUGGCUUCGAAGACAUUCUCUGAGGUUGGAAAGGGUGCCGCUGAGGCUCUCCAUAAUACCGGAAACGCAGCUGCCAGAGCCGUUUCUGACGUAGAGAAUGGACUCAAAAACAUCUUUGGAGGCUGGGGAAAAUAAUAAUUUUGUGAUAAUGUGAUAUAUUACUUUUUGAUUAAUACAUAGUUUCGUUGAAUAGAAUUUUUUUUCCUUGAA